AGUAGCACAACUUUAAACAGUCUAGUCUAAUAUUUUAAGAAGAAAAGAACAAAAUAAAAAUAAUUAUUAUUUUUUAAAAUGAAUAAAUUUUUAAUUUGUUUAUACUUGACUUUGAUUGUUGCGAUUUCCAGUAGCACUGCCCGACCUGUAGAUGAGCAAAAUGCUGAACACCUUAAAGUACGGGGUGGUGUGCGAAAAGUAGAUAUUACUGCUUCUAAUGAUGCUGAAAAAGCUUUGCUACUUUCUUUAUCUAAAUUAGCUGCAGGCGAUGGACCAUAUUUAAGAUUGGAGAAAAUUCAUUCAGCUACCACACAAAUAGUUUCUGGCUCUAAAUAUCAAAUUAAUGCUGAUUUCAUUGACAAUGAUGAAAAACUAAAAAAUUGUGAUGUUACAAUUUGGGCUCAGCCCUGGCUGGAAAAGGGCAUUCAGGUGACUUUUGAAUGUGUAGGCGAAGAAAAAGUUGUGAUAAAACACGAUCCUUAAAAUAUUUUCUAAAUAUGAUUUUUCUUGGUGAUGUUUUUUUUUUAAUUAUCGAUAAUAAAUUGUAUUGUGAUUGCAAAAUAAUACUAAAAA